ACCGAGAAAAUCUCUCUUAAAUAUUCUAAAUGCUUUUUAACAUCUCUCAGUUUAUUAACUCAAAUAUAAAUUAUUAGCAAUUAAGAAAUUUUGAUAAACUUUAUUUAUUAAUUAAUUGAAAUAAAAAAAGUAUUUUAAAAGAAGAAAGGAAAAAAAGUUAAAAAAACACGCAUAUUUAAGCUUAUCUAAGCAAAGAUGGAGGAAAAAGUAAAAUCAGGUAUUUCACAUAUUAGUAAAUAAUAAACAGAAUAAAAAGAAAAAAAGAAUACUUUUAAUAAUUUCACAGCAUAACCAAAUAAAAAAGAAGAAUAUGGUAUUUCUUGUCAUAUUAAAGAUGGUAGUAAAUAAAAUAAUCUUUUGAAUUAUUUAACUAAUAUAAAAAAAGAAGAAUCAGACAUUUCAAAUCAUACUAAUUAAAAAACAAAAUAAAGAGAAUAAAAUACUUUUAAUAAUUUAAGUUCAUAUCCAUAGAAAAGUUAUGAUAAAAAAGAAGAAUAAGGUAUUUCUUGUCAUAUUAAAGAUGGUAGUAAAUAAAAUAAUCUUUUGAAUUAAUUAACUAAUAUAAAAAAAGAAGAAUCAGACAUUUCAAAUCAUACUAAUUAAAAAACAAAAUAAAGAGAAUAAAAUACUUUUAAUAAUUUAAGUUCAUAUCCAUAGAAAAGUUAUGAUAAAAAAGAAGGAUAGGGUAUUUCAUGUCCUAUUAAAGAUGGUAGUAAAUAAAAUACCGAAUAAAAUUAGUAAAAGAAUCAUUUUCAUGAAUAAUUACCUAAAAAUUAAGAUCAAAAAGAAGUAUCAGGUAUUCCAAAUCAUAGUAAAUAUGGAGGUAAAUAAAAUACAGAAUAAAAAGGAUAAAAGAAUACUUUUAAUAAUUCAAUGGGAUAACCAUAGAAAACUUAUCAUAAAAAUGAAGAUGAGAUGGAAAUAGCGGAAUCCAUUUACAAACAGCAAUUCUUGAAAAAUAAGUAGCAAGAUAGUAGUGUUCUUUUGUAAAAAGUAGAAGAAAAAGUUAAAUCUAUCAACCCACAUUUGAAAGGGAUAGUUAAGUAAGACUUAAUGCUUUCAAGCAACUAUACUCUAACUAAAAAUGUUGUGAACUAAAAAUCAGAAAUAGUGAAUAAAUUAGAAUAAGAGUCUUAAUAAUAUAUGAAGGAUGCAAAUUAGAAGAUUUUAAAUAUAUAAUAGAAAAAAUUGCCUUUAAAUAAACUAAAUCCUUAAGACUAAAAAGAUAUUUUGAAAGCUGCUUUAUUCAAAUACUUCAGACGGGAAGGUUGUUAAGUUUAAAUUACUAGUCAUUUAAAAAAUGAUUAAACAUGCGCCAAUUCUUACUAGUCCCAGCUAGUAUUAACUGGGUAAACAAAUAAACUUAAAUAUCUUUAAGUGGGUAUUAAUGAUAAGUCUUAUACUUACUAAAAGAUUGUUUCAGACGAUGUAACAAAAAAAGAAGUUAUUUCAAAAUUCUUAAAGGCUACUUCAAAUCAAUAUGGAGUUUCUAAAGACCGUAUUACUAUCUUAGACAUAUAAUAAGGCUGUUAAAGUAUGGUUAAUUUUAUCUUUUCAAUCGAAGGCUUAAAAACUGAUUAAAUACUUAAGACUGCAAUAGACUAAUACUAAAUAGAAUUUCCAAGUGCUUACAUAUCUGCUACGGCUAAGUCUUUAAUUGAUAACUAUUAGAUCAGUGAUGAAUACUUUGAUGAGGAGUAUAAUAUGUAUUGGGGCGAUAGUUACAGUACAUAAAUAGACUACAGAGGAUCUCUUCCUAGAUAAGGCUAAGGCUCAGUACCUUAAAGAUACUAUUUCCCUGUAGGCUUUUAAGGUUAUGGCAUUAACGUAAAGAAAUGGCUUGAAGAAGAUUAAUCAUGGUUUGGCCAAGAUUCUGAUAAAAAUGUAUGGAUUGUGCUUUAUCACGCAACUAAUGAAAAUGGAUUAAAAGGUAUUUCUUCAUCUUACAUUAAACCUGGACAAAAUAAUGCUUAUGGAGGAGCAUAAUGUAGGUUAACAAAUAAAACAAUUUUAAGUGGAGCUGGGGCUAAUAGUUACUUCUCAGAUCGUGCAAGUGGACCUAAUUCAUCAGAAGACUAUGGAGAAUAAAUAUAAUUGGGAAAUAAAAAUUAUAUUAUAAUGUUCUAAUGCAGAGUUAAUCCCAUUCAUGUAAGAAGUCCUUAUAAUAUGGAAAGUUACUACACUGUAGAAUAAGAAUAUGCAAAAUAAAGUGUGAGGCCAUACAGAAUACUCCUUAAAGAAGUUUGA